CCCACGAGCAGGCAUCUCUUAUCAUCCCAUUAUAAACACUAUCGCAUUCACUGCAUUUGACGAUGUCAAAAAUAUACUUGUUUGACACUGCACUACAGGCUUGCCACACCCUGGACCACACUCUACCGUACCACCCUAUCAAUUAGACCUUCGCGCGGAAGUUCACUUCCGCACACCUAACCUGUUGAUACUAGGUCUUUGUUGUUCUUUCCGUCGUACCUAAAGGCGGUCGGAACAGAACUUGUUUCAAGUUGCUCCCUGACCGCCACACCCUCGUGUUGAGUUCUUCAUUCCAGCAAGAGCGAAACUGGUCAUUGCAAUUGUUGUUGUCAAGAAGACCUUGAUGCCGAUAUACUGCAGCAAGAAUAAAGUGGUAAUCAUCGAGGGUGCUGGACCCACAGGUUGCGUUACAUUAAACGCUGAUACAAGAAUAGAAAUCAUCUUGCUUGCCACAUUAAUUUCGUGCCUCUCCGAGGUACCAAACAAGACUGAUAUAUGCUGCGGAUUGCAUGAGGACACUUUGAUCAAAGUUCCGCCCAUUCAGCUUUCUCUUGUCCUCAGCGCACUCGCAUAUAUCGUGGUUCUUACCGCAGCGCUCCCUAUGCAAGCAGCCAUCGCGAAACGUGCCUGUGAUAAACGCGCUGACCUUCUACCAAACGUGGAGAAACGCGAGGAACUUGACCCCGAACCAUACUACAAUGAUUACAACGGCAGCACGUACGAGCCCUGUGGCGGCUAGGCUCGUGGAGGAACUUGAUGCCGAUGAAUUCAAAUACCGCCAUUACCAGCGAACUUGACCACAGAUUCUAACAGGUUCCGCAUCGUCGCAACCUUACUUUCCCUGUACAUCUACAUAUUUAAAACUCUUAUUUGAUCGCUUGUUUUCUGGAUGCAUGUGUGCUAUAAUAGAAUCCCUGUUGUUUUUACGCGCUCCUUUUGACUUAACUACAGACCUAGCGUUGUUACCACUAAGGUAUCAUUUGAUGACAUUGCAUGUUGCAUUGUUCAGCUCGUUCUCAGUUCCCGUCUAGAAUGAGAGAGAUGGUAUAUCAAUCGUAGCUUGCUCAGUGUCAACUGGUUCUCAUCUGAAGACAACCAUAUCUUUUGAAUGGACCUAACAGGGGAGAGUGCAUGUUCCUCGCAUCCU